AUGAAGAGCUUAGUGGCUCAGACGGAAUGCCAACUGCGGCCUCUUAAGGGUGAAUUAACUAAUGAUCCUAAAUAUGUUCAAGUGUCUAGCUUGGUAUCGGCGCUAAAGGCUGCCCGAAGUGAUCACCAGGGAAAGAGCAGCGCAGUUUGUAGGCUGGUGGCGCAGAUAGCGGAGGCGGAUCAGGUGAAGUACCAGUGGACGCCGAACCUAACGUCGCUGAUCGAUCGCAAAGAAGCGAGCACCCGUCACCAGUGGCGGCCACAUGUUAGCCACAGCACCCGCCACGCCCGCAAACUGCCCGUCCAAACGGAGCGACGUGGAUUGAGCUUCAGCUUCCUAAGUCGCUGCCUGGCGAAGAGGGGUGAGCACUCGGGAUUGACGAGCUGCGUGCUUUCUGUGAAGACGCAUUAUGCGCCCAAAACGCUGCAUGGGCGCGCUUUGCUCUUUUGGCGCCAGUCCUCGAUGCGACCGCUGCUCCUGCCCUCGUCGAAUCUGUGGACCGCUGUGCUCAGCAAGCGUUUCUAUGUACCACGACUGCGUCCCGCCGAGGAGGAGGAGGAGGUGGAACGCCGGGCAGUCCCCCAGCUGAGGAUUACCAAAGAGCAGAGCGAGGAAGAGGAGCAUCAGCUCCAGAGGCGAAAGGAUGGCAGUCGUCUUCGCAGCGAGUGCUCGGAGUUUUAUCUGCCGAUGGGAGAGCAGGACAACUCCGAGCCGGAGGAGGAGAAUAGGGGACAUCGUCAGCCCUACGUAGCCAGCGAACUGAUGACACCCGAACUGGCCACCAAGUGGCAAACCACCAGUGUCACCGACAGGGAGCGCCAGCUGCUGAAUCUCGAGCAGCAGAUGAAGACGCAGCCAUCCGUUCGGAUGACGACACAAACCUGGUUCAGCGGGAAUCACAGAAGAUACAGCAGCCGUCGUUCCGGCGCCAAGAGGUAUCACGUCGUUUCCGAGCUCGAAGGCUGGCGGAGAUCGUCCAAUCACCAGCCAGUGCCCGUCUUCCAGGGCCAACCCGGCGAGCAGGAGCACCUGCGUCACGCCAGUCACAAGGCCAGCGCCAGGACCAUUACGGAUGCCCAGGAGAGUUGUCAGAUGGUUUGGGAGCAAAAGAAGAAAUCACCGUGGAACCGCACUGAGGUGACCACCAGCAAUAAGGUACGAAUGCCCAGGAUCAGGGCGGCCAAGUCGGCGGUUAUGAAGGCCCAGGAGGCGCGCGACAAGCACCAUAGGCUGAUCACCAAGGAGCUGGUCUAUAGGCCCAGGCGGACAGUGAACGCAGUGCAAGCAGAAGAGACGGAGGAUCAGGAUACCAACCAUCGUCACCCCGGAGGCAGCCACAAGAUGUCCAAAAGAGCUCCAGAGCGGGCAUUGCUCAAACAGCAUCUGGCCGAUCUGCUGGCCGUGUCAGAGCCAGAGGACUCCUUUCGGAUUGGCUAUCAACCCAAUGCACCCACACGGCAGCUCCUCGAGCAGGGCAAGUGCUAUGUAUCGCUGCGCCGCGAGCAGUUCAUCAACCUGCAUCCCGUCAGGCCAAAUUCCCUCAUACUUGCGUUCAAUCUAGAGAUGCGGGAUUCGCCCCGCCAGCCGGUGACCACGCUGCAUCGUAGAGAUGGCGCCAAGCGACCGCGUCCUGUGGAAGUGGUGGUCAAGCCAUCGCUACUCACUGUCAUCCGUCAGAGUGCCGCCAACUGGGACCAGAAUGGACGGAAAGUGCCUGCCAAAAAAUCAAAUUUGGUGGGUGUGCGUCCCAAAGAGCACGCCUACCAACGGCGCCUGGUGAGGAAUCCCUCUACACUGGAGGCCAUCGUCAAGGCCCAAGCCAAGCCCACAUCCGAACCGAAGUCUCCAUCAUCGGCCACUGACUACCACAGAGUGGCGAGCCAGAAACUGCCUCAUGUGACCAGCAAAGUGGACAUUGGCAAGGUGGCGGAUCCAUUCAAGGACCUCGACAAGCCACGCAUCAAAGAGAAGGAGGUGGCCGCCAGCUGGAAACAGGCGUAUGUGGUCAUAAGCAAAAUGUACGACGCGAUCAACCCCUACCGCCGGAGAGCAUAUCCCGGCAAGAAGUGCGUUGUCAAGGACAAGACAGACGGUUACUUCCUGGCCAAGCGCAACUCCUCCACGACAGCGAUCGCACAACCGGGAUCCUCCAAAAAGGUGAAGCCACCCAAGCCACCGGUGGUCAGUCCAAAGGUUCAGGUGCCCAGCGUGCUGCACAAGCAAAAGUCCCGGGAAAGUCUUAGCCCGGAGACCAAAAAGACCGAAAAGCUCUGAAGAUAGAUGAUGAUCCCUUAUAUCAUCCGUUUUUACCCACAAAACCCGGACAAUCGAAGGCAAAUCCACAUUCGAAGCGGAAUUCCAAAUUGAGCAGUGAACACUACAAAUAUGCAACAUUAUAUAUAUACACACACACACACACCUGGUGGAUCGAUGCUCCUCCCCGGAGACUUUUUUUGAAAUCGGAAAACUAAUCAAAACUAAACUUCCCCUAAAGUCGCACCAUUCGAAAACGACCAGAAUCGAAAAUUCCAAAAAUCUUCAAAAAAGCUACGAAAACUAUAGCUUUCAUCCAUUUGGCCUUUUGAUGGUUCUUUAUAACUCUUUGUUUCUUUUUUUUUUAUAUAUAUAUAGACACUGUUUUUCGAUAAUAGGAGACAUCAGUGUUACUAGAGUCGAAAAAUUUGUAGUUGUUACAUACGUAUUGCCCCAUUACAAAAAAAAAAUGUUAAUACGCUGCAAAAUUAUGAACAGUCAUGACACUAUGUAAAAAUUAUUGAAUAAAAACGGAAACAUGGAAUGUCUCGAA